AUUAUUUAACCUUGCGCAGUAGUCAAUAGGUGGUGGAAAGUUGGCAUUGUAUCGAGAAACUAUCACUUUAAUGCCAUUAAUGCCAGUCUAUAUUGAACUCGCCGUGGUGUCGUGUCGUGUUAACUAUUAUUUUAUCUCUCUUAACAUGAGUAUCUUAUUUAAUUCUGCAGUAUGCAUACCAGCACUUGAAAGUGAAUAUCGUCCCUUUAUCCGCAGUAUGUCUGCCACAGGUUUAACAUCACAAGCCCAGCUGCAGUACAUACUGCAGUGGUUCCAGGAGUUCAGUGAGUAUCAGCGUGAAGAUUUCCUACCUGUCCUAGCUGCAGCAUGCAGCGAUAAACCUGAUCAACUUGCAGCAACUCUCUCCAAACUCUCAUGCCAAGACAAACCUGUCAGCUUGUUUCAGUGUCGUAUAAAAUUGUUUAAUGAAUGGUAUCCAACAUGGACUGAAGAAGAAAGAGAGAGAUUGGUUAAUAAGAUAUCGGAAAUUGAUGCAGAAUUUAGUAUGAAACUACAAGAAGCAGUAUUAAAAGGAAUUCAAGUUAAUGGAAAAGAUGAUGAAGUAAUACUGAAUGAUGAAAAUACACCGGAGAAGGAAGAAAAGAAAGAAGUUGAAGAAGAAAACAAAGAAUUCCCUUCUCCGACUCAGGAUAACAUAUCUAUUGAAAUAACGGCUGCUUCUUAA